AUGUCCUCAUCCAUCUUCUCCAAGAUCCCCCAGCUUAGGCGUCUCGUCGGUGGGUUUAGGGGGAAACUCCCCGCUAAGUUCACCGUCGGUCUUGGCCAAGGCGGGCUCGGGGUGGCAUCUCAAUACACUACCACCACCUCGGAAAACCCAUCCACGGUCUCGGAAAACCCAUCCACCGUCUCGGAGAACCCAUCCACCGUCUCGGAGAACCCAUCCACCGUCUUGGAGAACCCAUCCACCGUCUCGGAGAACCCAUCCACCGUCUCUGAAACCCCAUCCAGGGAAUCGGUCACUAUUAAGCAAGAUCGUAUCUCAUUUCAACUCGAUGUCAAAUUGAGCCCAGAUCGGAUUCGUCUCCAAUCCCUCGGAGAUGACCUUAGUCGAUUGACAAAGGCUGGGUAUCCCUACGACCAAAUCUGCAGAAUCGCAUUGAGGGGCAACCUGGCGGAGAUUACCGUUCGUUCAGAAUGUGCACUCCGCGAGAUACGAGAGGAUCUCGAGCAAUCCUGCAGUGCCUUGGGAAUCUCUCCCCUUACUGAAGAAAUACCCAAGGAUUACCAUAUCGCUAUAUAUGGGGUUGCCCUUACAGUCAACGUCGGAAGUGAAGAGCAAUAUCGGAGGUGGAGCAAAGAUAAUCACACGGUUAUAAUAUCAACAAGGCGCGUUGGAAAUCGGGUUAUCUGCAAAUUCAACUCUAUUGAUGAUGCUGUUCGAUUUUGCAGAGAUGGCUUUAUUACUCUUGACGGCCAACGAUAUGAAGUAAAACCAUAUGACAUGAGGCAGGCUCCCCUAUAUUGCUUCCGAUGCGCCCAGCCGUCGCAUAUGGCAUCCACUUGCAAAAGAGCAAAGAAGUGUGGCUACUGCUCCAAGGACCACGCCCACCGAGAAUGUGACCGACUAGGUCCCAUUAAAUGCCCCCAUUGCAGCGGAGCCCACGUAGCUUGGUCCAGAGACUGCCCCAACCCGGAAGUGCAGACUAUGAUCCGGCGUUGUGAAAGUAUCGGUCCCCCAGGAUGGGCAAUUGCUAACGGGCUAGGCGAUGCUAUGAAGUUUAAGAAGCCUAAGAAGUCCUGUAAACCCAAGGCGACGAUUUCUAAGGCUAUCGCCAAUGCCAGGACUCGGACCUCCAGUCCUGCCGACGAUGUUAGGUCUGUUAUCGAGUGUGACAACUCCAUGACCUCCACAGCCUCGACGCCGCCCACCAGCAACGUCAAGCUUCAUCCAAUCUUCAAUAUGAAGAAGAGAAAGUCUACGCAUGUUGCAGUACCCGACAGUUCUGAACCGAACCACCAAAUCCGCCGAUCGAAAAGACUCCGGUCACACGAGAACAUUGAGGCGGUGGAACAGGCCGAAGUCGCUCUCGGCGGAAAGAAUCAGCGAGGGAGUGAACUGCCCACUGUGCCGACACCUGACAAGUCCUCGCCAAAGUCCACGCCACAGUCUGUAAUGGAGCCUGAAAGUGUCCAGACACCGAUGAGAGCGCCAAAGCGGAGGAUCGGGCGCCGUCCAGGAUCGAAAACCACGAAGCGUUCGUCUUGA